AUGAAGAACCAGAAGCUCAAGAUGCUUUUUAUUCACCGGAAACAAUAUUUAAAAUCUGCUAGUCUCGUUGAACGGUUGCUCACUACAUAUUCGCAUUAUAAAUCAGCGCACGGAUAUCAACUAAUCGACAUUGAUUAUCGUCUCCUAGAGGUUGGUGCAACGGAUGGAAUCGAUAAACUGGAUUCGAUUACUCCAGCGAUUGUAACGUACAUUGCUCGAAAGGGAACCGAUCCAUCGGUUGUCAAACUUGUAAAACAUCUAACGAAUAGCAGCACCAACAAAGACGUUAAACUAUGCGCUCUUCUACUUGGCUUGAGCACGGUUUUGCCACCUCUUAUAGUUGGACGACGGUUCAAACCAACUAUUUAUAUGGCACAGCAUGACACGAUUCUCUUCGUCGAAUAUAUAGAAAUAACUGCGAAAGUUCAAGAGACGUAUGCAUCAUAUGCAGAAAGAAAAAUAGCGGUUGUUCCAAAGCUGGUUGUACUCGGAACCGGAAUAGAUAAUAUCGAAGGACGUUUCUUCAGCCACGGACGUGCUGAUAAAACUAUCAGUUGUUUUUGGACUGCCGUACUCUAA